UUACUCGAUAGCCGAUAUUUCCAAAGAAGACUGGUCACUGCAAUUGAAGUGCAGACCGACUGUUUUUGUGUUUUCAAUUGUACAUUUGUUUAUGUUUCUGUGUUUUCGUUCUUCAAAAUUUCCAGUUUCUUUUUACAUUAUUUCCUUUUGAAUAACUGAACACAAUUUUAUAAUUUAUUUUAAUGAAUCGGCAUUUUUGUGCAUUACGUGUGAUACGAAAAAAUUUAAUGUGAUUCCGUGCAUGUAAAAGUAGAUUAUAGGUUAUCGGCCUUUUGAUUACGUUGUAUCUUCGUACUCCUGUUCGAUUUCUUCUCGACUGGUAUUCGUUAAAUAAGAACGAUAUUUGUACAAACCAGCAGUUACUUACUCAGAGCUCUACAGGAAGUUACUGAAACUUUUCUGUGUAUCCACCAUGACUACGUCUGUGUCAGUUGACGAGCGUAUGUUGAAAGGAAUAAGAAGAAUAAUUCCAAAUUUAAACAACGUUAAACACAAAGGUCAAGAUGGUAGGAUAGGCAUAUUCGGUGGUAGUGUAGAGUACACAGGCGCACCAUAUUUUGCAGCCAUGAGUGCUCUUCGCACAGGAUGCGAUUUAGUGCAUGUAUUUUGUGCGAAGGAAGCGAGCAUUCCUUUAAAAUCGUUCAGUCCAGAGCCUAUCGUUCAUCCGGUUUUAGAUCAGUACGAUGCGAUCAGACAAAUAAGACCUUGGCUCGAUCUCUUACACGUAAUUAUCAUUGGACCUGGUCUUGGUAGAGACGACAAGAUCUUUAAAACGAUUGUUGAAUUAAUUUCGAUUUGUCGUGAAUUGAAGAAACCAUUGGUAAUCGAUGCGGACGGGCUGUUUUUAGUUAGUCAGAAACCUGAUCUCAUAAAAGAAUAUCCAGGCGUUAUUCUCACUCCAAAUGCCAUGGAGUUCACUCGUCUGGUGAAAGGAGUUCUUGAUAAAACUGUACAGCCCACGCCAAUGGUCAAAUCUGCCGAUGUUAAGCACUUGGCAGAUGCGCUUGGAAAAAAUGUAAUAAUCUUACAUAAGGGAGCGAAAGAUGUAAUAGCGGAUGGUCAUAAAGGUACAGAAGCAGUGACGUGCGGAUUGGCAGGCUCUGGUAGAAGAUGCGGAGGGCAAGGAGAUUUAUUAGUCGGUGCAUUGUCCGUAUUUUGGUGGUGGGCUAUUUGUGCAGGAACUACCGAAAAUUCUUUGUCAUCUCCUAUAGCAGCUGGUUACGCUGCAUCAAGAUUAGUAAGAGAAUGCAAUGCGUCUGCAUAUAAGAUAAAGCAGAGAGGAAUGCUGGCAUCUGAUAUAUUGGAACAAAUACAACCUGUUUUUGCAAGAAUCUUUGAGACUCAUUGUAACAAAACAUCUUCGUUCAAUGGGAGAAGUCAAACAAGGAGCACUGAUUCCUGAAUCGAGCUCACGCUUAUAAAUUUUUUAAUUCCGAAUCUAAAUAAAAGAACUCCGCAAACAAUUAAUUUAUGAAAUUUUGUAAGUUAUAUUAAGACCAGACAUAAUAAAUUCAGGAAUUUGACAGCAAUGAAUUUAUUAUAAUUAAUACUAAACUUUUAAUGCCAUUAAAUGCAUUACAAAAUAAACACGUUUUACAAUUGUGUGUUGAUCUAAUUUUAACUUAUUUUGGUUUAAUUAUUUUUAUAUGUACAAGUCGUGCACGCGUGGUAAAUGUUUCGUAAAUUGAAGAUAUCGAGUUUGCAUUUACAAACUUAAUUGACACUUUAAAAGUGACGAUAUAAUAUUAUUCCGUGAAUAAUAAAGAUUGUCGAUAUCAUUUUACUAAUAUAAAUUAUUUACAUAUUAGUAAGUUGAAAAGUUCAAGUGCAAAUAAUUCACAGUGAAACUCUGUGGGAACGAUUUUUUACUUUGCUCUGUAUAAAAGUGAAUAGUUAUUACAUUUUGAUCUUUUAUUCAGACAUAUUUCAAAAUAUGAUUCGGUGUAUUUUUAUUUUUGUACUGAAGUGAUAUACGAUGUACGUUCGUCUAAAAAAUAUUUCUUAUCCAUGUAUCAGUAACAUAUUUUCUGUUGCCAUACAAAAAAAGUGCUCUCUUACUAAUUACAUUUGUUGCUCAAAGUAAAAACUAUUACUUCAUAAAAGUCAGCUGUUUCGUGCUCAAAUUCGGAAAUGUUUAUUGCCUUAAACAACUAACAAAAACGAUGUAACGCGUAACAAAAAAUUUUAAUAAAUACGACUAACAAUGAAAUUAACGUUAGCAAUGAAAAUUAUAUUACCGAUAAAAAAUAGAAAAUAUUCAUUUCCCUCCGCGGUUUCAACGUUCUACUAGGCAUUCAGUUCUAAUUAACAAAAUUUUAAUAUCAAGUGUAUUACGUUAGAACUAAGUUAAUAGGUUAUAUGUCACUAUGUUGAAUACAUGCUUAAGAAAAUGUUUUAUCAUGUUUUCAAAUCGUUUCUAGCGUUCACGCGUAAUAUAAAAGUCGUUUAUUAUUAUCUAACUAAAUAAAACAGUUUUCUCGUGCGUAAGUACAGCACAUCUUUCAGGAAGCUUAUACAGGGUGUUCUAAUGGAAAUUUUAAUGGGAGAGAUUCUAGAGGGCAAAAUAAGACGAAAAUCAAGGAUACCGAUUUGUUGAUUGAGGAUUCGUUACAAUAUUAUAGAAACAU